AACAGUAAUCUUUUUAAAGACUAAAACAUAAUCGAUCGAUUAACUUAUAUAAACAUGCACUGCACUACGAGAACUGUCAAUGUGACAAGGAAAUGUUUACGCUCGCAUUUUUUGCCCCGGGUUUGUGCAUUUUGGCUCGCGAUUUUUCCAAAACAAGAAUAUAUUUUUAAUAAAUUAAAGUAAUUCUGCUUAAUUAUUAUACAGCGGCCGUUAACAGAUAUCUAAACAAAAAAGAGAUCUUUUAAAAGGACUCAUUCGCUAAUUAAAAUGGCCAGCAGAUUACCAAUCAAAGAAGAUAUUUCAGAAAACAAUGACAAAAAUAUUGAAAUACUGCAAGAAUCUACAAGUCAAAGUGAUAAUUUAGAUAAAAAUGACCAAACUACUCAUGCCACGGAGAUGAUAAAUGAGAAAAUGGCUGAUGAAAUAUCAAAUAACACACAGGUUAAUAAUAACCAUGAAGUUGAGGAUAAUACAGCGAAUAUAUCAAAUGUUACUGAAGAAAAUUCAACCAAAAACACUACAGCUGACGCAAUUGAAAAUUCUAAUGAUGAAGUACCGGCUGAAAAAAAUGGUAUUACCUUCAGCUUGGAAGGUGUUAAACAAAAACCUAAGAAGAAACCGUCCGAGUUGGAAUUGCUUGGUGUGGACACUAAGACAAUUGCAGAGUGGGAUGCUCAGUUUGUUGCGUGUGGAGCUGAUAGUCAACUUUCUAGGAAGUAUAAGUUGAGGAAAGCGGAUCAACAAGUAUCAUACAAAGAGCCUGCCAACUUUCCACUAGAGCGCUGCAAAGGCCCUGCAAAAGCCCUGCCUUGCCCUGCAAAAGCCCUGCCCCGCCCUGAAGUUCCACCUGCAGAUGUCUCUUCAUCCCUCACGUGUCCCACCUGCGAGCAGACCUUCGACUCCAAACGGGCUCUCCACCUCCACGUGCGUUACCAUGGCAACACCAUCAGAGAGUUCAAAUGCUCAAUAUGUUCAGAAAACUUCAAUAACAAUGCAGACUUAAUAGCCCAUAAAGUAGUACAUAGCUCGGAAUCAUUUGUCUGUGAAAGCUGCAAGCUGGCCUUCUCGAACCACUGUGAUUAUCUUCUACAUAAUGUUAUACAUGCUGGCACUGAGGAUAUUCAAUGUCCUGAGUGCGGACUGCAAUAUGGCAGAAGAAAUUACAGUGUUCAUAUUAAGACACAUUUUAGUAAGAAAUCCGGCUGUAAUUCUGAGAAGAAGUUAGUAAAUAAAACGCCGUCUAGUAAAUUUGAGUGCAUAGAAUGCGGUUUAACGUUGAAAAACAAAACAAGAUUAGAUUAUCACAUGAUUAUGCACACUGGGGUUAAAAUACACCAGUGUUUAUACUGUGGGAGGUGUUUUUCUACACCCAGCAUGAGGAAUGUUCAUAUGAGAGUGCAUACAGGAGAGAGACCUUUUUCGUGUGACAUCUGUGGAUACAAGGGUCGUCAGCACACUGACCUUAAACGUCAUAGAAUGACACAUGCGAACGAGAAGAAGUUCUCAUGUGAACUGUGUCCAAAGAAGUUUCGACGUAAAGAGUCUUUAGUUACUCAUAUGAGUGUUCAUACUAAGACGGAUUUGUAUGAGUGUCCGGUGUGUGAGCACAAGGUGACGACCUCAACCGGUAUGAGGAUGCAUAUGUUGAUGAAACAUACGAAGGAGCGACCUGUAGAGUGCACUGUUUGUAACAAAAAGUUUAUUAACAAUAAUCUGUACAAGCAACACACGAGGAGUAAGAUACAUAUGAGGCAAGUGUACGGACAUAUGACACAGUUGAAAACUGAUUGAUUUUAAUGAGGGUUUUCUA